ACGAUAAGAAAGACGAUAAGAAAGACGAUAAGAAAGACGAUAAGAAAGACGAUAAGAAAGACGAUAAAUCUCCUGAUAUUAGUGUUGUGCGAAAUUAUUGUAAAAGCAACGAUAUCAAAAACCUUACUUAUGAUGAGGAAAAUAAUAAGCUGAUAAUUGAGUAUAAGCAGGAUAAACCAACUAAGGAAUUAUCUGACUUAUCAGGUGAAUUGGCUGAGAUAAAGGAGUAUUUAUUGAAAAACGGUAAACUAAAUGGCAAAAAAAGAACUUUGGUUGAGGAGGAUUGA